CACACAAAGAGAGAAGCACCAACAGGCUUUCUGACUCUCAGCUUAGUUAGCACACUCUGCUGUGGAGCGGCUGCCUACAUCCUACUAUUGUCCCAGAGAUGGCCUCCAACCAAAAAGAAAACUGACAGUCUAGCUGAGCUGGAAGCAAAACACAGAAAGGAAACAGGACUGUGUCUGGAGGAGAAAGCCUCCACUUCAAGACGCUGCUCCUGCUCCUUCCUCCGGUCGCUCUGUGCUCAGUCUGGUGGCACUAAAGUCAACCCUUUGGCCAACAUGCUGCAGCAGAUUCUACAGGACAUGUACAUCGACCCCGAUGUGCUGGACGCUCUCAACGAGGAGCAGAAAAAGACGCUCUUCCUGAAAAUGCGCCAGGAGCAGGUCCGGCGCUGGAAGGAGCGCGAGGAGAAACUCGAGAGAGAAGGGGGCGACGCUGAGCCCAAGAGAGCAAAACCAAGAAAAGCCAACAGUAAAAGUGUGAGCUGGCUGCCUGGCCGGGAUGGAGAUGUAUCUGUCAUUGUGAUCGGGGACGUAGAUGAGCUCACCUCCAAAUUCAUCGGCACUGGAUUUCCAGAAAAAAAGUUACCAAAUCUCCAGAACAACACAGUCCAUCAGACUAUUUUGAAGAGCAAAAAUGUCACGGAAGACGUCAGAACUGAAAGAGAGAACCUGCCUCCAAAAACACAACCUGGAAUUUCCUUGAAUUUGAAGGGCAAGAGUGAGGGGACGAGUACUUCACCCCCUCUGCCGGUGUCAGUGAGCGAGCAGACACCAGCCAAAGCAAAAGAGAAGUCACCCAGUGGGAAUGAGGAGAAGUCAGUUCCCCAGCCCUUCAUCGGCUCCAGAGCAAACGCCAUCAAAGUGAGGCCGGCUCCUGAGAAGGCAACGCUAGGCUGUGUCAACAAGAGACCCAGUGCCGAAAAUCCUAGGCUGGCUACCACUGUGCCAUCGCCAUCGCCAAGCGGCACCAUCAAAACCGAGUCUGGAUCAACAUUAGCCACCAAAGGUAGCCUGCGCUCAAAGGAACCCCAGAAGCCCCAAGAUUCACAGAGUGGGAAAGAUAAUGGUGUAUCGGAAGCAUCUCAGAGGGCUUCCUCAGAUGAAGCCGGGACAUCGAGGAGUGUACCAGCUUGUGCGGGGCGAGGCCGGGUGGCUCAGCUGAUGAAAACCUUCAGUGCCGAUACCCCGUCACAGAACUCCCCUCGUGGCAUUAAGCCACCGCUUCCCACCAAGCCUAGUCACUUGCGUAUGACAACUACAUCCACCAUCAGGUAAUGCUUAACAACAAUGGACCGACUCUGACCCAGCUCCACAUGUACCUGUGCUUGGAAUAAUGCCACACAAGCCAAGACAAUGCCAAAGACAGCUAACAUGGAGUCUCAGUUGGGAGCCCAAUGGGUCGGUGAACUGUAAACGGGGCACAAAAAUGGUAAUGUUAACAUUGUUGUUAUCAUUCCCAUAGCACAGUCACAAAAAUGCUUGAAUGUAAUUUUUUAUUACAUUUUUUAUUUAGGAUUUUGCAGUAUUGUAAAUAUAUACGAUGGGAUAUAGAUUCCAAAGAAACUGGUCAUAUUUGAAUCAUUUGGUUUCAAAUGGCACAAAUCUGCGACAAUUUGUGAGUAAAUCAACAACUGUGACAAGAACUCACAUUGAUACGUCACACAUUGCAUGCAAUGUGUUGAAAAGCAAAGCACCGUUAUUCUCACACAGUUCUAAAGCACAAAGACUGGGCACACGUACUGCUUUAUUUUAAGCACACACAUUUACAGUGCUGUGUUUUUUUUCUCUUAAUUGCUGUCUACUUGAACAAAAGUAGGGCAAGGAGAAGGAGACUGGGGUGAAAGAAGGUACAGAAGGGCCCUCCCACAUCUUGCUGUCUCCUUCCAGGGACUAGUGUUGGGUUGUUGAUUUGUCACAAUGCAAUUUAAGUUUCCCCCUGCCUCCCGGCAGGAGUCUCACUGCGACCUGUUGUGGACCAACGACAGUGCCAAGCAUACAGUCAUCUGUCACUCCCUGUGGAUCAAAUCAUGUCAAGUCAGACAUUCUCUGCCAAAUAUUCCAGCUGUGUGUUACCUUUCUUUUUUUUUCUGUCCUAAAUUGGAGAUGUGUACCUGGUUGUUGAUAUUGUGAUUAGUUACAUUUGAAUUUUUCUUCUAGGAGAUACAUUUAAUACUGGGAUAUUAAACUCUCUUAUAAAAUGAGAGACAUCAUCAUACUUGAUAUCAAUGUUAAGUGGUGCCAAGAAACAUUAAAACAACAGAUUCUGUGUUGUGUUUUUGAUUAUUUUUUAAUUGUCUUUUCUCACAGUUAACUUUCAUCUUGAUACUAUGAGACCACGUGAAGUUAAACUUCUUUCUUUCUGGUGCCUUAUAGCUUGAUUAGAAUAAAUAUGUAUCAAUUUUAUUUUGAAAUAUUGCUUGUUCCCAACAAGGUUGUCGUGCAGGUUGAACCUACUUCACGGAUACUAUGUGAAUUUCUUGUUUGACAUCUUUCAGUGUCAGCAUAUGCAUCUGCAUCUUUGACCAAGGUCUGCAUGCAUUUUUAAAUAGAUUAGCAGCAGUACUUUUCACCCAUGCUCGUCAUCACGGUUCCAUGACAUUUUUUUGCGUUAUAUGAGCAAUGCUCGGUAAGCUUGUAAAAGAAACAGAAGAUCAUUGCCAGUGUAGAUAUACACAUUUUUAUGUGUGGUUUCAAUUGCGUAGUUAAGUAAUAUUUGAAAGAUAAAUUAUAUGUAUUACUCGUUGAGAUUUAUUUGGACAGUAUAGCAUUUGCAAUCUUAUGCUGGUUUACAACAUCACCACUGACAAAUUCACACUUAAAAACAUUUUGCUGGUCUGCUUUGCAGUAGAGUCCAUGCAUGAAAACUUGCUCAAAGCAAGAGCAUUGUCUUUGUGACAGCUGUUACAGGAUAUGAGAUGAAGGUAAAAUAGCAUGGUCAUUUUCAAGGAGUUCAUUGUACAUUUCCUAUAUUUGUACGAACUUGGACUGACAUAACAAUCCAAUAACAUAUGAAUGGAGGCAGAAUCAAUGAAAAUAAACACUCAGAGAGAUGUGGAACAUGGUGAUGUUUAAUCUCACUAAUGUGGCAACAAUAUGUCUGUUAUGUAAUACUCUGUUGCAGUCUAACCAUGUACCGUAGUCACUGUCUUGAAAAGGAAGACAGCGUACGUGUGUGUAUGAGUCAGAACGGCUGCCAUUGUUUUGCAGUUGUUUCAUAGAAGUUCACAGGCCUGUAAUUCGUCAAGUCUCUUUCUGUUCACAGCCAGCUGCAUUCAUAAAAAUACACACAUAUUUGCUGUGCAAUUUAUGCAAUAUUGUUUUUAUUCUCAAAAUUCGCUUAUUUCUCUGAAUGUGAAAAAUCACAGUAACUGAAGACACAGCAAAACAUAUUACACCAAUAAUAGUAAGUACAACAAUUAGCUUAAAAAUCAUU